AGGCGAGGGCGCGCUUGGUGGGAGUGUCAGCUCGCGUAGUGAAUGAGUGACGUGUGGGGCUCUGCGUUCCGUCCUGUUACCAGGCAGAUUCCUUACUCCCAUCACACGCUCUCACACACCCGCUUUUCUUCUGCGCGCUCCCGGGCCGCUCCCAAGCGCGCUCCCGCAGCAGGCCGGUCCUGUGGGGAUGGGAGCGGAGGUAGCAGCAGCAGGGAGAGUAGGAGAGGCCUGAGCGGCACCGGGCUGAGAGCAGCAGGCAGCACAGACUGAGGGACGGCCGGGCUUUGACACAGCGCGCAUCGGGCACAGUGGUGGCUGUGAGCAGGGGGUAUGCGGGGUGUGUGCCGGGAACGCUGGGGGAGAGCCGGCUGCCGCCGCCGCUGCUGUUAGGGCACCGGGAUGGCGGAAAGAGGGGGGUAUGCGAUCCUGGAGGCUCUGCCCGUGGAGAUCCGGGAGAGUCUUGCAGAGCUGGAGCUGGAGUUGUCCGAAGGAGAUAUAACCCAGAAGGGAUAUGAGAAGAAGAGGGCUAAGUUGCUGGCUCGCUACAUUCCGCUCAUACAAGGGGUAGAUCCUUCACUGCAAACAGAGAGCAAACUCACGGGCUUGUCCCAAGUGACAACGACCACAAAUAAGCAGCAAAGGUCCCGCUCCACCAGCUCACGGGAUGAGAGAUAUCGAUCUGACCAACUUCUUGUCUCAUGUGCAGAUGUUCACACAGAGGCUGUGCAAGCAGCGUUGGCCAAAUACAAGGAACGGAAAAUGCCCAUGCCUUCUAAAAGACGCUCUGCCCUCGUCCAAUCUUCUGUAGAGACCUACACCCCACCAGACACCUCGUCAGCUUCGGAGGAUGAGGGCUCAUUGCUCCGUCAGGGACGCAUCACAUCCACGCCGCUUCAAGAUCAUUCCAGCGUAGAGCCCUGGAUUAGCAGAGUAACCCAGGGCUCCUCCACCUCAUCAUCAGCAUCCUCCACCUCAUCCCACCCAGGAGCCAAGCCUGCUGCCUCCAACAGUUGCCCUGUCAUCGCAGCUGCCACCAUGUUGGCAGACCUCAUGGCGCAUGCCCAGAUAGAGAGUCUUUCUGCGCCACCUGACGUGACUACCGGACUCCUAGGAAACUCCCAUCAUGAGCGUCCGCAGGUGGCAUCUGUUCGUGGAGUGCCACGGGGGUUCAACAGCAGCAUAUUAGAAACAGCUGAUGGUGUGCCAGUCAACAGCAGAGUCUCUUCCAAAAUUCAGCAACUUCUAAAUACCCUAAAAAGGCCAAAGCGUCCACCGCUCAGAGAGUUCUUUUUGGAUGAUUUUGAAGAGCUUCUGGAAGUCCAGCAGCCAGACCCCAACCAGCCAAAACCUGAAGGCACGGAGGUGGCAUUGCUCAAAGGAGAACCUCUUGGCGUUGUGUCGAACUGGCCUCCUUCAUUGCUGACUGCUCUACAUCGUUGGGGGACCACUCAACCGAAAGCCCCUUGUCUUACUUCCUUGGACUCCACCGGGAAAGCAUUGUACACACUCACCUAUGGCAAAUUAUGGAGCCGGAGUGUUAAACUAGCAUACACCCUCUUAAGCAAGCUGACCAGCAAGAAUGAGUCUCUUCUUAAACCAGGAGACCGGGUGGCUCUUGUGUUUCCCAAUAAUGACCCUGUGAUGUUCAUGGUGGCAUUUUAUGGGUGCCUCCUUUCAGACCUUAUUCCCGUGCCCAUUGAAGUACCCCUUACCAGAAAGGACGCAGGCAGCCAGCAGAUCGGCUUCCUCCUGGGUAGUUGUGGGGUGUCGUUGGCACUUACAACAGAUGCCUGCCAAAAAGGACUGCCAAAGGCUCAGACAGGAGAAGUGGUGACAUUCAAAGGUUGGCCCCGGCUAGCAUGGUUCGUUAUAGAUGGAAAGCACUUAAUGAAGCCUCCCAAAGAUUGGCAUCCACAUAUCCGAGAUGCCAGCAAUGAUCCAGCUUAUAUUGAGUACAAAACCAGCAAAGAGGGCAGUACCAUGGGGGUGACGGUGUCUGAGUGCGACAUGCUGUCUCAUUGUCACGCACUGACACAAGCAUGCGGCUAUUCAGAAGCGGAAACGUUGAUUAAUGUGUUGGACUUCAAGAGGGAUGCUGGCCUGUGUCAUGGCGUUCUUACGAGUAUCAUGAACCGCAUGCACGUGGUCAGCAUUCCUUAUGCUCUGAUGAAAGUGAAUCCACUCUCCUGGAUACAGAAGGUCAAUGUUUACAAAGCCCGUGUAGCGCUGGUGAAAUCCAGGGACAUGCACUGGUCUCUCCUAGCACAGAGGGACCAGCGGGAUGUGAGUCUCAGUUCCCUGCGGAUGCUGAUAGUUGCAGAUGGAGCUAACCCAUGGUCUAUAUCUUCAUGCGAUGCCUUCCUCAACGUCUUCCAGUCUAGAGGUCUGAGACCUGAAGUCAUCUCUCCAUGUGCCACCUCCUCCGAGGCCCUCACCGUAUCCAUGCGCAGGCCUCCAGAUCUUGGUGGAGUUCCUCCCGGGAAAGUGGUGUUGUCAAUGAAUGGGCUGAGUUACGGGGUCAUUCGAGCAGACACGGAGGAGAAGCUGUCUGUGCUCACUGUGCAGGAUGUGGGGCAAGUCAUGCCUGGAGCGACCAUGUGUGUGGUGAAGGCGGAGGGGGCCCCAUAUUUAUGUAAGACAGAUGAGAUUGGAGAGCUAUGUGUGUCCUCCAGCUCCACAGGGACUGCAUAUUUCGGCCUGCAUGGAAUUACCAAGAAUGUCUUUGAGUCUAUUCCAUUAAUUGCCAGCGGAGACCCUGUCUCUAGCCAGACCUUCACUAGAACUGGGCUGUUGGGCUUCAUUGGACAAGAGCGGUUGGUGUUUGUAGUGGGGAAGGUGGAUGGUCAGAUGACCGUAAGCGGGCGCAGGCACAGCUGCGACGACGUGGUGGCAACAGCCCUGGCUGUGGAACCAAUGAAGUUUGUUUACAGAGGAAGGAUAGCCGUGUUUUCAGUAAACGUGUUGCAUGAUGAGAGGAUUGUGCUGGUAGCAGAACAGCGUCCGGACUCCUCAGAAGAAGACAGCUUCCAGUGGAUGAGCAGAGUCCUGCAGGCAAUAGACAGCAUUCACCAGGUGGGAGUGUACUGCCUGGCACUGGUACCUGCCAACACUCUCCCCAAAGCACCUCUCGGUGGGAUUCACAUCUCUGAAACCAAGCAACACUUCCUGGAGGGUUCCCUGCAUCCGUGUAAUGUUCUCAUGUGCCCACACACCUGCGUCACCAAUCUGCCUAAACCACGACAGAAACAGCCAGAUGUGGGCCCAGCUUCUAUGAUUGUGGGAAACCUAGUGGCCGGAAAAAGAAUUGCACAGGCUUGUGGGAGAGAUGUCAGCCAGCUGGAAGACAAUGACCAGGCAAGGAAGUUCUUGUAUUUGGCUGAUGUUCUACAGUGGAGGGCACAGACUACCCCAGACCAUCUUCUGCUGCUCUUACUGAAUUCCAAGGGCACAGUGUCCAGCUCCACAUCCUGUUUGCAGUUGCACAAGCGAGCGGAACGUGUGGCUGCUGGAUUGGUGGAAAAAGCUCGGCUCAGUGUUGGGGAUCACGUGGCCCUUGUUUAUCCUCCAGGUAUUGACCUUAUUGCCACAUUUUUUGGCUGCCUCUAUGCUGGAUGUAUUCCCAUCACCGUGCGGCCUCCUCACCCUCAGAACCUCACAACUACCCUUCCCACCGUCAAGAUGAUUGUAGAGGUCAGCAAAUCUGCUUGCAUCUUGACUACACAAGCAAUAAUGCGUUUGCUCAAAUCAAAAGAAGCUGCUGCUGCUGUAGACAUCAAAACAUGGCCAACAAUUCUUGACACCGAAGACAUGCCUAAGAAGAAGAUCGCAUGUGUGUUUAGGCCAACGUCACCAGACACUCUGGCCUAUUUGGAUUUCAGUGUGUCUACAACGGGGAUCUUAGCUGGGGUGAAGAUGUCUCACUCAGCCUGCAGUGCCUUAUGCCGGUCCAUUAAGCUGCAAUGCGAGCUGUACCCAUCGCGUCAGAUUGCCAUCUGCCUAGACCCCUACUGUGGGUUAGGCUUUGCUCUUUGGUGCUUGUGCAGUAUUUACUCUGGGCACCAAUCCAUCCUUGUGCCACCACUAGAGCUAGAGACUAAUGCGUCUCUGUGGCUGAGUGCCGUCAGUCAGUACAAAGUCCGAGUUACGUUUUGCUCCUAUUCGGUCAUGGAGAUGUGUACUAGAGGCCUGGGCACACAGACGGGCACCCUUAAGUCACGGGGUGUGAAUCUGUCCUGUGUACGUACGUGCAUGGUGGUAGCAGAGGAGCGGCCACGCAUCUCACUGACUCAGUCCUUCUCAAAGUUGUUCAAGGAUCUGGGACUGUCUACCAGAGCGGUUAGCACCACGUUCGGCUGCCGUGUCAACGUGGCCAUCUGUUUACAGCCCAACAGACUGGGCAAGCUUGCUGAUCAGGGCACUGCCGGUCCUGACCCAACCACGGUCUUUGUAGACAUGCGUGCGCUGCGCCAUGACAGAGUGCGCCUGGUGGAGAGAGGUUCCCCGCACAGUCUGCCACUGAUGGAGUCCGGAAAGAUUCUUCCCGGUGUGAAAGUCAUUAUCGCGCACACAGAGACCAAAGGACCCCUUGGCGACUCUCAUUUGGGAGAGGUUUGGGUUAGCAGUCCGCACAAUGCAAAUGGUUACUACACUGUGUAUGGGGAAGAGGCUCUGCACGCCGACCACUUCAACGCGCGGCUCAGCUUUGGAGACACACAGACUGUUUGGGCACGUACGGGAUACCUUGGCUUUCUCCGCAGAACUGAGCUGACUGAUGCCAGUGGAGAGAGGCAUGAUGCAUUGUAUGUGGUCGGAUCCCUUGACGAGACCUUGGAGUUACGGGGCAUGAGAUACCAUCCGAUCGACAUAGAAACCUCAGUCAUUCGCUCUCACAAGAACAUUGCUGAAUGUGCGGUUUUCACCUGGACAAACCUUCUGGUGGUCGUCUUGGAACUAGACGGGCUGGAGCAGGAGGCCCUUGACCUUGUAGCCCUAGUGACAAACGUAGUCCUGGAGGAACAUUAUCUCAUUGUGGGAGUUGUCGUCAUUGUAGACCCCGGAGUUAUUCCCAUCAACUCUCGAGGAGAGAAGCAACGGAUGCAUCUACGGGAUGGAUUUCUUGCCGAUCAGCUCGAUCCUAUAUAUGUUGCAUAUAAUAUGUGAAAUUAGGACAAAUUGCUUAUUGCCUUACACGAUCAUGCACUUGGGGGGGCCUGGGAAAUGGAUUGCAGCUGAGGGAGGAGACUACGUAUUACUUCCAUUCAUCAAGGUGCUGGAUUGCUGCUGUCUUCCUUCUCAGGUGAUGAGUCUUCCCACCACCACCCGAUUGUGCUUCUAGUCAUAGACGAAGGAAGACGUCUUGUUGCCAAGAAUGUAGAGCAGAAUGUGACUAGCGACCUGUAACCUCUUACUGUGACCGUGGAUGUAGCUUCCUUCACACUCACUCCAAGUGACUGGUUCUCUUUCUGUGCAACGUACACCCUGCCUCCUUACAGAGCUCAAACUCAUGCAAUAAUGUGAACCUCUGGAUCUACUGAAUCAUCUGAGCACAGAUUUAUUAGAAUUAUUUUUUAUCUAUAUAGCUAAAGGAGGUGAUUGCACCCUCUGCCGGACUUGUCCAAAGCGUGAAUGUUCACCAGCCGUUAAUGAGCUGCUACUUCACUUCUCCUCAUCAUUGAACUGAAUGUAAUUAUGUACAGAAACUGUAUAAUUUAUUAAGUGCAUCAGCCCGCAGGACGCCCUCAUUGCUUCCGAAGCAAGAGGGACAGAACCACUUAAAUUUUAACACUGUAGUUUUUUUAUAGCAAAAAAAUAUAUAUAUAUAAAAAAAAAAAACAACAACUCCAUUAAGCACUACAAAGCCUGACAGUUACCUGUGAUAUUACAAUUGGAUAAAAAGCACAUUAAACAUUUUAAAAAUG